UCGAAAACCGCUUGGGGCGCAUGGAGCACCUGUUGAGAUUGUCAGGUAUGCUUGCUUGCCGCGCUCUAAUCCGUCUUCGCCUCCCCACGACCGCAUGCAUGUCGUCCCUAACCUGGUCGGGGUAGGAUUGCUCGGCGAGGACGAUAACGGGGCCACUGACCUCGGAACCCUGGAGAAGAAGCUGGUCGAGAAGCACCAGCAGUCAAGGCAGGCUUCCCAGGCAAUAUCCGACACUGCGUCGCCGCAGCCGACCUCGGGCCAGGAUGGGAGCGGCUCGACACCCCAUAGCUCGCUGACGUCCCCCGGGCCUGCCAAGGAUGGCGACAAGAGGAGGUCGGCCACUCCCGAAAACGACAGCCAGGACGACGACCGGGAAGAUGUUGCUGAACUGUCUGAGAUGAUGUGCUCGCUGGUCACCAACACCAAUGGCGAGACGCGGUAUAUUGGUUCCUCUUCCGGGUUCUCCAUCUUCUCGCCCAAGGGGGUGCAAUGGGUCAACGAGAAAAUGGGAGAUACCUCGUUCCAGCAGAUGAUAUCGGACGUCUCGAUGGAUGACCACAAGUGGAAUGCCUGGAAGCCCGACGUCUUUGGAGACCUCUUCCGCCGCACCAUCUUCAGGGACUUGCCCCCAAAGCCCGAGGCGCUGUCCCUGCUCAGGGACUACUUUGAGAACUUCAACUGCAUAUUCCCGCUCUUCCACCAGCCAACCUUCAUGCACCUGGUCGAGCGGCAGUAUUCCAACGACCCUUAUACCGGGUCCGGGUGGUGGGCCAGCUUGAACGUGGCCCUCGCCAUCGCGCACCGCCUGCGUGUCAUGAGCAAUCUGGUCCCGCAGGAGGAGGACGAGAAGGCUUGGGGGUACAUGAAGAACGCCAUGGCCGUGUUUUCCGAGCUGGCGAUGCGCAACACCGACCUGCUCAGCGUCCAGGCGCUUCUGGGCAUGUCUCUGUUCAUGCAAGGGACUCCCAACCCGCAGCCGUCCUUCCUCCUCAUCGCGACGGCCAUCCGGCUCUCGCACACCAUCGGCCUCCACAAGCGCGGGACCAAUUUCAACCUGAACCCCAUCGAGAUCGAGCAGCGCAAACGGGUGUUCUGGAUCGCCUACAUGCUGGACAAGGACCUGUGCCUCCGGUCUGGAAGGCCGCCAGCGCAGGACGACAACGACAUGAACGUGGAACUUCCCGACGCCGACCCCGCGGACGGUAUCGGAAACAUCCCCCUGGCGGACGGCAAGGGGAAGAUGAACCUGUUCCGGGUCAUGUGCGAGCUCGCCAUCGUCGAGAGUAAAGUGUACACGAGGCUGUACUCGACCAAGGCGACCAAGCAGUCGGACGGCGAGCUGUUGAAUACCAUCGGAGAGCUCGACAAGGAGCUGGAAGAGUGGAAGGACCGCAUCCCCAUCGACUUCCGCCCAGAACACGAGAUCAAGGCGUCACAUACGCCGCUCAUCCUCCACAUUGUCAUGUUGCACUUUAACUACUACAACUGUCUCACCACGAUCCACCGCAUGUCGAUCCACCACGGUUACUGGACCAGCCGCCUGUCCAAUUUCGCCAUCCGGGGACUCAAUGCGAGGCCGUUGAAUCCUCGCAUCUUCUCGUCGGCCGCCUUGUGUACCUCGGCUGCGAGAGCUUCGAUAUCCCUCCUCAAGUACAUCCCGCAAGGUGACUUCUCCUGUGUCUGGAUGGUGUUGUACUUCCCAGUCUCGGCGCUUGUUACCUUGUUUGGCCAUAUUCUGCAGAACCCCCUGGAUCCAAAAGCACGUUCCGACACGAAGCUCAUGAACGUGGUGGUCAACUUCCUGUCGACGCUCGGCCACGAGGCGGAGACGGGCGGUGUCCACCGCAUGCUCGGUAUCUGCUCCGAGUUUGAGCGGAUCGCCAAGGUGGUGAUCGAGAAGGCGGAAAAGGAGCACGCCUCGCGGCGGAAACGGAAGAACCAGGACCAGUCGCUUAACAAAUCUGCCGUUGACUCCGGCAACGCGAACACCUCUGCGGCCGACUCGCCGUCCUUCAACCCGAACCCGGCUCCGCCGACAUCUCGCCCCACCGCGGCGAACGCUGCGACGCCUCAGGCGAGCGGGAACCACACGGUAACGAGCAAUCAAAGAUCCAUCCCCCCUCAAGGAAAUGACAGCCGAUCCUCCGCGAACGAGAGCAACAACAACAACAACAACAACAGUAGCAGCAACAGCAGCAGCAGCAAUGCCAACAGCAACGGCAACGGCAACGGCAACGGCAGCAAAAACAAUGGCUACGGCUCCAUGACAGGCGCCAUGAGCCAGUCCCCAUCCCCAAGCCUCGCGGCGACAGGCUGGGGACAAGUUGGCGAGUUCACGCCCGACAGCUCGGAUUACAACAAGAGCGCCUAUGCCGCGGACAUGGCCUCGUUCGACACAUUGGACACGGCCAUGACGGCGGGCGGGAUGGAAAGUCCCCCGCUCGUGGGGCCGGAUGGGGAGCUCGUGUUCCAGCAGCCCAUGCUGCCGCAGGAUCUGUUCAGUCUGCCCAUGACGCUGGACUGGAACUGGGCCGAGAUGAGCGGGGGCGCGUAUCCGAGCGUGGAGAACGGGAAUUUUGGCGGCGGCGGGAUGGAUGGGAUGGAUGGGAUGGGCGGGAUGGCCGUGGGCGUUGCCGGUGGCGGGACCACUGUGGGGCAUCAUCAACAACACCACAGCGGCAGCGGCGGCGGCGGCGGCGGCGGGGAGGGACGCGACUUUCGGGCACAGGGGAUGAUGCAGGGGAGGUGAUGCUGGAGAAAUGUUCGAAAAGAGAAGGGUGGAGGCGAGGUAGGUGUGAGUUGUCCGCCUGGCGGUGAUCUCUUCUGCGUGGUGAUUCCAAUGCUUGAACGCACCUUUUUCCUCUCCUGGAAAUCUCGUCGAGCACGGGGAUCUGGUCCAUUUCCUCUCUUCUCCAUCUUUUUUAAUUCUUUUUUUAUU